AUCAAAGCCGCAAUCUCAUCCAUCACCGGCCCAGACUUGGCGUCUUCUUGUCGUAGUACUACAUACCCCUAAUCUUGUCAAUAACUCGACGCCUCGCUUCUAUCAACCAUGGCACUUUUGAUACCAUUCACUGUUGAGAGCGCCCACCAGGACUCGACCACCGGGUUGGUCCUCUAUCGCAUCCGUGUUCCGGUUCCCGGGACUACGAACGCCCAUGAGGGCCCUACCAUUCGUUAUCUGACUGCUUCCAACCCCCCGGAGGGUGCCAGUAACAGAAUCCCUGACGACCGCGGCAGAAACCUGUCCUUUGACACAGUCCCCACUGGAGAUUGGAACCUCGGCCACCUCGUUACCAACAGCGACGGCACCAAGUUCGUCCUCGCCUCAACCGAGCCAUCCUCCCUCGACAAGAGCGUAGGUCUCCUCGAUGCCGGACCCACCUGGCACGACACCCAGUUCGACCUCAUCCAUCUCCUGGACGCCUUCUAUGAACAGCGCAAACUCCAGCCGGACAACACCAACAACAACAACAACAACAACAACAACAACUACACCAACAUCCAAUGCAGCGGCCAUGUCAACGCCGCCGUCCUCCCCAGCCCCUUCAACCCCAACCACAUAUCCGCCCAAGAUAAGGUCAUCGGCAUCUGGGCCUGGCAACCGCCCCCGACCCACGGCAUCGCCAACGAAAGCCACAUCUACUCCCUGCUGCAGGCGCGUGACCGCGACCCGGGCUCGGUCGCCGCCGCCCGCUUCCUCGGGCACAUCACCGACAACGGCACGCGCGUGGUGGGCUUCCUGCUUGAGCAUGUUGUUGGUGCCCGUAGCGCCGGACCUGGUGAUGUAGACAAGUGCCGGGAUGCGCUCCGGCGGCUGCACGCGGUGGGGGUUGCGUACGGCGGGGGGUUGAGGAGGGAGAGCUUCUUGGUUGGGACCGAACCGGAAGGGAGCGUGUUGUUGCAGGGGUUUGGGGGGGCGUUUGAGACAAGAGAGGAGGAGGUUUUCGUGGCGGAGCUCGGGGGGUUGGGGGGGGUUUUGGCGCAGGUUGAGGAGAUGCUUUGA